AUGGGUGAAGGUUUAAAUUAUUUUUUGGUGUUCUCUUUGGGUAUUAUGAUCCAAAUCACCCACUGCCAUAGCAGCAUGGGAACAUGCUUGCCUGAGAAACAUGCUGCACUAUUCAUAUUUGGAGAUUCUUUAUUUGACAACGGAAACAACAACUACAUCAACACCACCACCUCGUACCAGGCCAACUAUCCUCCCUAUGGACAAACUUUCUUCAAAUACCCUUCUGGCAGGUUUUCUGACGGUCGCAUGAUACCAGAUUUUGUUGCUGAGUUUGCUAAGUUGCCUCUACUUCCACCGUACCUGCAUCCGAUUCAUGAAUAUAUGUAUGGUGUCAAUUUUGCUUCAGGAGGUGCCGGUGCUCUGCGUGAAACCUCUCAGGGAAUGGUAAUAGACCUCAAAACUCAAGUGAGUUAUUUAAGAAAUGUAAACAAAUUAUUUAGUCAGAGACUGGGACAAGCAAAAGCCGAGGAAAUGCUGUCAAAAUCUGUACACUUGUUUAGCAUUGGAUCCAAUGACUACGGUACUCUUCUGGAUCCAAAUUCGACUGUGCUUCUUCCGGUCAAUCAUCAAGAAUUUGUAGAUAUUGUAAUUGGAAACCUCACAGACGUGAUCAAAGAAAUUUAUAACCUUGGUGGGAGGAAAUUUGGAUUCUUUAAUGUGGGUCCAAUAGGUUGUUCCCCUGCCAUAAGGAAUUGGGUGAAUAAUGGAAGCACAGGUCCAUGCUUCGAAGAAUUUUCAGCCAUCGCAAGACUACACAACAUUGCACUAACAAAAAUGCUUCAUGAGCUAGAGAAACAUCUGAAGGGAUUCAAAUAUUCAGUGACUGAUUUCUAUAGUGCAGUUUCUCAAGUGCUGAACAACCCUACGGAAUAUGGGUUCAAAGAAGCGAGCGUUGCAUGUUGUGGAGGUGGGGCAUAUAGAGGAGAUGAUAGUUGUGGAGGGAACAAAGGGAUAAAAGAAUACGAGUUGUGUGACAAUGUGGAUCAACAUUUGUUUUUCGACUCUCAUCAUCCCACUGAUCGAGCUAGUCAGCAUUUUGCCGAGUUGAUAUGGAAUGGAAAUCGCACUGUCACAAGUCCUUACAAUCUAAAACAACUAUUUGAAGUUUGAUAUAUAAAUGUGUUCUACCAAGAAAGACAUGUUAUAUGUUGUGUUUCCAAGUUGUUAUUUUAGUUUCUGUCACUUUGCGCCCUUCCGUUGAGCUCACCAAAUAAAACAUGGAC